GCCCGGCGAGGCCGCCCACGCAGGGCCGAAGCAGGUCCGGCGCCAGGGCCCCUCCCGCGGGCCAGACCCGACCGCGAUCUUCGGCAGAGCUGGGGACGCCGGUGCCGACUCUGUGCCCGACGCCUGCGUUUCCCCCGGACUCCCUGCUGUCCCCCAGACGGCCCAUCUUUCCUGACACCCGGGUCUCUCCCGGCCGCCGCCACUAGCGCUGGGCUCCUCGGCGCGCGGGGCGCUUGGAAUCCAAGGGGCAGGGGAUGUGGCCGGCGGGGAACAGGGGUGAGGGGCGGGGAACAGGGGUGAGGGGCGCCGCCCCAGGCCCAGGAGGAGGGGAACGGCUGCUUUCCGCCAAGCAGGGCCUGCCACCCACUCCUCCUGUGGAGCCACGGUCCCGCCCGGCAGAGGAUCCCGCGGAGAGCCUCUGGGGGCUGCUCUCCCAACCCCAGCCGGAGUUUGGGCCCCACGUCCUUCCAGGGGUCACUCAGGACGCGAACACUCCCGGGCGGCGGCCAGCACCCUGCUCCCUCCCCCGGCCGCCGCCUGUGGGCUCGGGCUCUGGAUCCCGUUCGGUGUUUGGAAGGAGCUCGCGGGCGUCGGUGCGCUUGGAGUUGCUCUCUGCGCGCACCAGACCUGCGCUAGGUCAGGCCGAAGCUCUCUACCGGCCAGCGACACCCGCCGCCCCGCCCGCCUGCUCCUCCUAGGCCAUCGGGGCUUCCAGAGCCCUCGACCACGUACACCAGGCCCUGGCUAGGGGACCGGACAUGCUGGGCGAGUUCCGAGAGGCUCUCAGUGGCGGCGCUGCUUAUGGUCUAAUGCUUAUGGGGCCCGUGAUCUGGUUCCGAACCGAUGUCCUCUGCCCAUGGUGACCCCCACGUCUCGGAAGGUCGCGUCAGUGAAGCCCGUGGCGUCGCGAGCGAGCCGGGCUGGCGCAGACUGGGUUCUCUGGCCGCAGCGGGUCCGCGCCUGACGGGGAGGGUCCGGCUGACUCGCACAUCUUUAUGGCUCACCCACUGUUUGCUGGGCGCACGGGGUGGGGACCCAAAGACGAAUCCCAUGCAGAGGUUUGGGUCUAGUUUUGGCAACAGAAAAGGCCGGCACCGCCGGAGUAGGACGCGCGCGCACCACCAUCCAUUCGGCCGGGGAGGUUGGGGCGUCCGCGGGGAGCAGACCCGAGGCUGGGCGCCCGGAGGUACGAGCAGGACCCUGGCCGGCUCUCAGCUCCCAGAACCCAGGGCCAGGCGGGGAUGUCAGGGUCUGCGCGAUCUGGGGGGCCCUAGAGGCGCCGGCGGGGCCUGGCGCGGACUACUAGCGGCCUGCGGGAGCCAGGGGUGGAGGGGGCCGCUGUCUAGGGAAGAGGACCGGGGUCCGGAGUCGGGGUGAGAACGAGGCACGCCCCUGAGCCUGCGAAACCUGCGGACCGAGCGCCCGCGCAGGAGCUCGCUCCCUCUGGGCCCCCAGGUCCCAGACCCGCACGAUUCUUCGCCCGGUGCCAGCCCAGAUGCGCGCGGGUGAUGAACGGGCGGUGCCCGCGAUCCACGCGCUCGCUCUGCCCAGUCAGCGGCAAAUUCGUUCUCUCCUUGAUCUCAGUGGCACUGGAGCGUGAGGCAAGGGCCAGGCGGCAGGUAGAGGGGUCGGACUCAGCAAAAGCAAACAAAACCCCAACCAAACGAAAUAAAUACUUAUACAUUACAUACACGAUAUGAUAUAUGUGCGACAGACACCGUAUUACUUAUUAAAGAUAUAUUUGUAGGCAAACAUAUAUUUACAUGUAAACAUACAUUUACAUAUAAAUAUAAAUAUAUAUGCAUGUGUAUACACACGCAGACACACAGGUCGCUCAAUUAAAUUUGAAUUUCAGAUUAGCGAGUAAUUUUUCCGUAUUAGCAUGUCCCGUGCAAUAUUUGGGAACAUACUUAUAACUAGAUUUGUUGUGAAUCUGAAAUUCACAUUUUACUGUGCUUUCUACGUUUUUAUCAGCAGCCCUAGCUGGAGGUGCUCAAAGGCCUGCCGGCCUUUGAGGUAAGGUUCUCGGGUCGGAAAUCCCUGGUCGGAAGAAACGUGGGCGUUUCCUUUAAAGCCCUGCGGCAGAAGAACUACAAGCCCCACAAUGCCGCGCGGACGCCGGCGGCGCUGAUAGGCUGCAGUUCACUUCCGCCUUCUGACUUCCGGCCUCGGAGGCCGGCGUCGGCUGUUGCAGACUGCUGCGCGCCCAGGGGUCCCGCGGGUUUUCGGGCGCAGGGUGGCGCCCGCGGCAGGCGGCGGCCAUGAACUUCUCCGAGGUAUUCAAGCUCUCCAGCUUACUCUGCAAGUUCUCCCCGGACGGCAAGUACCUGGCUUCCUGUGUCCAGUACCGGUUAGUGGUCCGGGAUGUGAACACCCUUCAGAUCCUUCAGCUGUACACGUGCCUAGAUCAGAUCCAGCACAUCGAGUGGUCGGCAGACUCGCUCUUCAUCCUGUGCGCCAUGUACAAGCGAGGGCUGGUGCAGGUCUGGUCUUUAGAGCAGCCCGAAUGGCACUGCAAAAUAGACGAGGGCUCAGCCGGGCUGGUGGCCUCGUGCUGGAGCCCGGACGGGCGCCACAUUCUCAACACCACGGAAUUCCAUCUGCGGAUAACCGUCUGGUCCUUGUGCACAAAAUCCGUGUCUUACAUCAAAUACCCGAAAGCUUGUCUGCAGGGAAUCACCUUCACCAGGGACGGCCGCUACAUGGCGCUGGCAGAACGGCGCGACUGCAAAGAUUACGUGAGCAUCUUCGUCUGCAGUGAUUGGCAGCUCCUGCGGCAUUUUGAUACGGACACCCAGGAUCUCACAGGGAUUGAGUGGGCCCCAAACGGCUGUGUGCUGGCAGUGUGGGACACCUGCUUGGAGUACAAGAUUCUGCUGUACUCAUUGGACGGCCGGUUGUUGUCCACGUACAGCGCUUACGAGUGGUCCCUGGGCAUCAAGUCUGUGGCCUGGAGCCCCAGCAGUCAGUUCCUGGCAGUUGGGAGCUACGAUGGAAAGGUGCGCAUCCUUCAUCACGUGACUUGGAAAAUGAUCACGGAGUUUGGGCAUCCUGCAACCAUUAAUGAUCCCAAGACAGUGGUGUAUAAGGAGGCCGAGAAGAGCCCACAGCUGGGACUGGGCUGCCUCUCCUUCCCGCCCCCCAGGGCCGGGGCCGGCCCUCUCCCGAGCUCAGAGAGUAAAUAUGAGAUCGCCUCUGUCCCAGUCUCCUUACAGACACUGAAACCUGUUACCGACAGAGCAAACCCGAAAAUCGGCAUAGGAAUGCUGGCAUUUAGUCCUGACAGCUACUUCCUGGCGACAAGGAACGACAACAUCCCCAAUGCCGUCUGGGUCUGGGACAUUCAGAAGCUGAGGCUGUUCGCGGUGCUCGAGCAGCUGUCCCCAGUGCGCACGUUUCAGUGGGACCCGCAGCAGCCGCGGCUGGCCAUCUGCACGGGAGGCAGCAGGCUCUACCUGUGGUCCCCAGCGGGCUGCAUGUCGGUGCAGGUGCCUGGGGAAGGCGACUUUGCAGUGCUUUCUCUGUGCUGGCAUUUAAGCGGAGAUUCGAUGGCCCUCCUCAGCAAGGAUCACUUCUGCCUCUGCUUCCUGGAGACAGAGGCAGUGGUCGGCACAGCCUGCAGACAGCUGGGCGGCCACACGUAGCAGCGGGGCACUAAUGUGUGCAGAAACGGGACUACUCUGUGUUUCCAGUGUGGGAAAAAACACAGCUUCACCAGGAGGUUCUCCACUGUGGUGGUCUGGAUUCAGUGAUUGAUUCUAUUUUUCUAUAGCAAAGCAUUUUUGUAAAUAUGUAUGGUAUAAAACUGUAGUUUCAUUAUUUAAAAUAAAUACUUGCUGAUUUAUACAA